UCCCUUCGGUUUCGCUCUUUCCAAUCGAGGCCGACCCUUGAGUUGUGAGUCUGGGGUCUGGUUGAUGAAACAGAGCCGUUGUAGCUGGAAGCAGGGAGGUGUGGGGAGUACUAUCAGUUAAGAGAACAAAAGCAUGUCCUCCCUCCCUGGGUGCAUUGGUUUGGAUGCAGCAACAGCUACAGUGGAGUCUGAAGAUAUAGCAGAGCUGCAACAGACUGUGUUUGAGGAGCUGGGUAUCUCUAUGGAGGAACUUCGGCAGUACAUCGAUGAAGAACUGGAAAAGAUGGAAUGUGUACAGCAACGCAAGAAGCAGCUAGCAGAGUUGGAGACAUGGGUAAUACAGAAAGAGUCUGAGGUGGCUCAUGUUGACCAGCUCUUUGAUGAUGCAUCCAGGGCAGUGACUAAUUGUGAGUCUUUGGUGAAGGACUUCUAUUCCAAGCUGGGACUACAAUACCGGGACAGUAGCUCUGAGGAUGAAGCAUCCCAGCCUACAGAAAUAAUUGAGAUUCCUGAUGAAGAUGAUGAUGUCCUCAGUAUUGAUUCAGGUGAUGCUGGAAGCCGAACUCCAAAAGAUCAGAAGCUUCGUGAAGCUAUGGCUGCCUUAAGAAAAUCAGCUCAAGAUGUCCAGAAGUUCAUGGAUGCUGUCAACAAGAAGAGCAGUUCCCAGGAUCUGCAUAAAGGAACCUUGAGUCAAAUGUCUGGAGAACUGAGCAAGGAUGGUGACCUGAUCGUCAGCAUGCGGAUUCUGGGCAAGAAGAGAACUAAGACAUGGCAUAAAGGCACCCUUAUUGCCAUCCAGACAGUUGGGCCAGGGAAGAAGUACAAAGUGAAAUUUGACAACAAAGGAAAGAGUCUACUGUCGGGGAACCAUAUUGCCUAUGAUUACCACCCUCCUGCUGACAAGCUGUAUGUGGGCAGUCGAGUGGUGGCCAAAUACAAAGAUGGAAAUCAGGUCUGGCUCUAUGCUGGCAUUGUAGCUGAGACACCAAACGUCAAAAACAAGCUCAGGUUUCUCAUUUUCUUUGAUGAUGGCUAUGCUUCCUAUGUCACACAGUCUGAAUUACAUGACCUACCUGCCAUCUCUCAGCUCUACUUCUUCCUUGGGACAGUGAAAAAGACUUGGGAGGACAUAGAAGAUGUCUCCUGCCGAGACUUUAUAGAGGAGUAUAUAACUGCCUACCCCAACCGCCCCAUGGUGCUGCUGAAGAGUGGCCAGCUUAUCAAGACCGAGUGGGAAGGCACAUGGUGGAAAUCCCGAGUUGAGGAGGUGGAUGGCAGCCUUGUCAGGAUUCUCUUCUUGGAUGACAAAAGAUGUGAGUGGAUCUAUCGAGGCUCAACACGGCUGGAGCCCAUGUUCAGCAUGAAGACAUCUUCAGCCUCUGCACUGGAGAAAAAGCAAGGGGGACAGCUCAGGACACGUCCAAAUAUGGGUGCUGUGAGGAGCAAAGGUCCUGUCGUCCAAUACACACAGGAUCUGACCUGUACUGGAACCCAGUUUAAGCCAAUGGAGCCCCCACAGCCUACAGCUCCACCUGCCCCACCUGCUGCACCUGCUCCACCUCUAUCCCCCCAAGCAAGUGACAAUGACUUAGAAAGCCAGCUUGCCCAGUCACGGAAGCAGGUAGCCAAAAAGAGCACAUCCUUCCGACCAGGAUCUGUGGGCUCUGGUCAUUCCUCCCCUACGUCCCCUGCACUCAGUGAAAAUAUCCCUGGUGGGAAACCUGGGAUCAACCAGCCAUAUAGAUCACCUUUAGGCUCAGCAACCUCUGCCCCAGCACCUCCGGCACCCCCAGCCCCUCCAGCCCCACCAGCCUUCCAUGGCAUGCUGGAGCGGGCCCCAGCAGAGCCCUCCUAUCGAGCACCGUUGGAGAAGCUUUUCUACUUACCUCAUGUCUGUAGCUAUACUUGUCUGUCUCGGGUCAGACCUAUAAGGAAUGAGCAGUACCGGGGCAAGAACCCUCUGCUAGUCCCACUACUAUAUGACUUCCGGCGGAUGACAGCCCGGCGCCGAGUUAACCGCAAGAUGGGCUUUCAUGUUAUCUAUAAGACACCCUGUGGCCUCUGCCUUCGGACAAUGCAGGAGAUUGAACGCUACCUUUUUGAGACUGGCUGUGACUUCCUCUUCUUGGAGAUGUUCUGUUUGGAUCCAUAUGUUCUUGUGGACCGAAAGUUUCAACCCUAUAAGCCUUUUUACUAUAUUUUGGAUAUCACCUAUGGGAAGGAAGAUGUUCCCCUAUCUUGUGUCAAUGAGAUUGACACAACCCCCCCACCCCAGGUGGCCUACAGCAAGGAACGUAUCCCGGGCAAGGGUGUUUUCAUUAACACAGGCCCUGAAUUUCUAGUUGGCUGUGACUGCAAGGAUGGGUGUCGGGACAAGUCCAAGUGUGCCUGCCAUCAACUAACUAUCCAGGCUACAGCCUGCACCCCAGGGGGCCAAAUCAACCCUAACUCUGGUUACCAGUACAAGAGACUAGAAGAGUGUCUGCCCACAGGGGUAUAUGAAUGUAACAAACGCUGCAAAUGUGACCCAAACAUGUGCACAAAUCGGUUGGUGCAGCAUGGACUACAGGUUCGGCUACAGCUAUUCAAGACACAGAACAAGGGCUGGGGUAUCCGCUGCUUGGAUGACAUUGCCAAAGGCUCUUUUGUUUGUAUUUAUGCAGGCAAAAUCCUGACAGAUGAUUUUGCAGACAAGGAGGGCUUGGAAAUGGGUGAUGAAUACUUUGCAAAUCUGGAUCAUAUCGAGAGUGUGGAGAAUUUCAAGGAAGGAUAUGAGAGUGAUGCCCCCUGUUCCUCUGACAGCAGUGGUGUAGAUUUGAAGGACCAGGAGGAUGGUAACAGUGGUACAGAGGACCCUGAAGAGUCCAAUGAUGAUAGCUCGGAUGAUAACUUCUGUAAGGAUGAGGACUUCAGCACCAGCUCAGUGUGGCGCAGCUAUGCUACCCGGAGGCAAACCCGGGGCCAGAAGGAGAAUGGAGUGUCUGAGACAGCUUCCAAGGAUUCCCGCCCCCCAGACCUCGGGCCCCCACAUAUUCCUAUCCUUUCCUCAAUCCCUGUAGGUGGCUGUAAUCCACCUUCCUCCGAAGAGACACUCAAGAACAAGGUGGCCUCAUGGUUGAGCUGCAAUAGUGUCAGUGAAGGUGGUUUUGCUGACUCUGAUAGCCGUUCUUCUUUCAAGACGAGUGAAGGUGGGGAGGGCCGGGCUGGGGGAGGCCGAGGGGAAGCUGAGAAGGCCUCCACCUCAGGUCUGGGCCUCAAGGAUGAGGGAGACAUCAAGCAGGCCAAGAAAGAGGAUCCUGAUGACCGAAACAAGGUGUCAGUAGUUACUGAAAGCUCUCGAAAUUAUGGCUACAAUCCUUCCCCUGUGAAACCUGAAGGACUUCGCCGCCCACCUAGUAAGACUAGUAUGCACCAGAGCCGACGACUCUUGGCCUCUGCUCAGUCUAACCCUGAUGAUGUCCUGACACUGUCCAGCAGCACAGAAAGUGAGGGAGAAAGUGGGACCAGUCGAAAGCCCACUGCUGGUCAGACUUCAGCCACAGCAGUUGACAGUGAUGAUAUCCAGACCAUCUCCUCUGGCUCUGAAGGGGAUGACUUUGAGGACAAGAAGAACAUGUCUGGUCCAAUGAAACGCCAAGUGGCAGUAAAGUCCACCCGUGGCUUUGCUCUUAAAUCAACCCAUGGGAUUGCCAUUAAAUCAACCAAUAUGGCCUCCGUGGACAAAGGGGAGAGUGCACCUGUUCGUAAGAACACACGCCAAUUCUAUGAUGGUGAGGAGUCUUGCUACAUCAUCGACGCCAAGCUUGAAGGCAACCUGGGCCGCUACCUCAAUCAUAGUUGCAGCCCCAACCUGUUUGUCCAGAAUGUCUUCGUGGAUACCCAUGAUCUUCGCUUCCCUUGGGUGGCCUUCUUUGCCAGCAAGAGAAUCCGGGCUGGGACAGAACUUACUUGGGACUACAACUAUGAGGUGGGCAGUGUGGAAGGCAAGGAGCUGCUCUGCUGCUGUGGGGCCAUCGAAUGCAGAGGGCGUCUUCUUUAGAGGACAGUCUUCUUCCCAACCUGCAGAACUGUCCUUUCCUUAAGAACUGUGUCUUCCCGAUUGUUGAAAUCUAACCCCAAAUCUCUGGUCCAGCUACUUCCCCCAGCUCCUAGAAGACAGACAUGGGGGUUCUGGAUCGGGAGAUCUCUUCCAAUGUGGUGCUAGCAGGCAGGAUCCUUUUUCCACCUCCUAAGUGCUAGGGGGUGGGGAGAGAUUACCACUCUAACCUAGGCCUGACAUAACCUUCCAGCCCAUGUUUGUUCAAGUGUUUAUGCUUCUAACAGAUUUUAUUCCUGGAAUGGGGGCUGUGUAUCUAUUGUCCCUGUUUUGUAUUGUUUCUUGAAAGUCUUAACAAGAUGGUAAAACCAAGAUUGUGAUUUGAUUUCUCUCCCUCAGUCCCACACUCCCAGUUCUGGAUCUUUCAUUGAGAGAUCUAUUCCCCCAUCCUCCCCAAUAGGCAUCUGUUGUUAAUCUUGUACUUCUCUACCUUUGCUUUUUAUUUGCCAUGUGAAAUUUUAAAAAGAUGUUACAUAACUGUAAGGCAUAAGAAAGACUGUCUUAGUGUAUUUAGUUGAUUCCCCUUCUCAAUUCCUAAUAGUCUGACACUUUUGCCAUGUUUUAUUUAAUCUUUAAUGUAUUUUAAUUAAA